AUGGAGGCGGAUUCGUCAACGGUCCCAGUUAAGCCGAUCGUAGGGAAAUUGGCAGCAAUGUUGUUCCAAGCUGUUGUGAGAUCGGCAGCCUUCAACAUCAUGCAGCUAUCAUCUAUAGAGAACCACGAAAUACCACUGAGGAUCCUGUUCUGGUAUGAAGAUCCAUUGUCUUUGAAAGAAGAUGUUUCCAGAAUCUUGAAAUAUGUGGUGGAGAGGCCUUUCCUUUGUCUAAACAAGGAGCUCUUCGAGAGGGCAGAGUGGCGCGACAUCGUGAUCUGCUUAGCGCUUCCACCUUCAAUGUUUGUCAACACUAGAGCCCUCUUACAUAAGUGGUUGUUGCUUACGGGACUUGCUUCGGUCCAUGAGUUUCUUGCCGGUUUGAUCUCUGCAAUAGUUUACAUCAUUUCAAGACCAGUGUGGUUGGGUAUACCAAUGGAACUAGCUUCCUUGUUGCCAUUCUCUCUGAUGCAUACUUUCCUUGCCAAUACGGCUCUGGAGAUCCAACAGAAUCCUGGCUUAAUGACUUACUUUGCCUUGACGUUGCUGCUAAUUCUGCCUAAUCCUUCUGCGUGCUAUCCUCUGCCAAGUCAGUGUGAACUCUAUUCUGUCAACCGUGACACACUCUUUUCUUGUCACAAAGAUAGCGAGUCGUUUCUACAGGCAAAUAGAAUGAUGGCGCUAUGUGUCUCUUCUCACUACAUGAAUUCUCCUAAUGAUAUUCAACUACUGGCUGAUGCUCCUGCUCAUUAUUUCUUUGUCUUACUUGGUCCUGUUGAUGAGUCCCAAAACAAGCUUCCUGAUAUACUUUGUGUUGUCCAGAUCUGUCUCGAAGGACAAAUAUCAAAAAACUCAGCCCUCCAAAGUUUAAGGGAUGGCCAUUCACCAUAUGGAGACCAAAUUCCAUGGAAAUUCUGUGAACAAUUUCGGGACAUUGAAUUUCCAAACCUUUCUGGUGCUCGGAUAGUACGCAUAGCAGUCCACCCUAAUGCCAUGAAGAUGGGAUAUGGUUCUGCUGCAGUUGAACUCUUAACCAGAUACUUUGAGGGUCAGAUUGCUCCAAUCUCAGAAGCAGAUGAAAAAGUUGAUGUGGAGCAUUCACCCAUUAGAGUUGCUGAGGCUGCUGAGAAGGUCUCCAUGCUCGAGGAGCAAGUAAAGCCUCGCACAAACCUUCCACCUCUGUUGGUUGCACUCCAUGAACGUCGACCUGAAAGACUCCACUACAUUGGUGUCUCCUUUGGGCUUACUUUGGACCUCUUCCGGUUCUGGAGAAAACAUAAUUUUGCUCCAUUCUACAGUGCUGUGACUGGUGAGCACACUUGUAUGCUCCUAAAACCUUUAAAGAAUGAUGAACUAGAAGUCAGCGGGUCCGAUGAGUUGGGAUUCUUUGCUCCCUUCUAUAAAGACUUCAGGAUGAGGUUCUCUAAGCUUCUGAGUGAUAAAUUCAAGAAGAUGGACUAUACACUUGCAAUGAGUGUCUUAAACCCCAAGAUCAACUUCCAAGGAAAUUCGUCAGACGGAUUUUUUAAGACACUCGACGGCAUCUAUACUACUAUCCUUGGGAUUGCAGGAGUUGGAUUCUCUAGCAUCGAGUUGGAGAGGGGACAUAUUCACUCUCUUCUCUUGAAAGUCACACAAGAGCUAUACAAAUAUCUGAACGGAAUUGCUUCAGAGGAGAUUGAACCAUCCUUGCCUAUCUUGAAAGAGAGAGUUCUUGAACCUCACAAUGUAUCGGUCGAUGAUGAUCUCAGGGAAGGAGCUAAACAAGUCGAGGAACAAAUGAAUAAGAAGAAGAAGAAAAAAGGAUCGAUCGAUUCUGAGCUUGAGCAAUAUGUAAUUGGGGACGAAGAAGCAGAAGCUCUGCAACAUUCAAAGAUCUUUUCAAGUGAUAGCCAUAAGCGUAUGGCUGGGAUUGUUCCUACCAUUGAGAAAGCACGGCUUUAUGGUGGAUGGAAAAGGUGGAGAACCUGCUUGAUACCCUCACUGAGAAUUUGA